UAUAACUCACAGUUACUUCCGGACUCCGAGCCUAACGAGGGCUUGCUUAAGGUCGUAUGUUUGAUUAGGAAUAAUUUACACGCUUCCAGACCUAAAUUGAACAUGGCAUGUGGGAUUUUAUACGUACAUGCUCUCUUAAUUAAUGCUAAUUAGAAUUUAUCUGGAGAUUAUUGGGCUCUAAUUUGAGUUGCGUUAGUGCUUUGAAAAGAGGUUUUUCAAAAUUCCACCUUAACGCUUCUAUGUCAGCGUUCAUAAUUUUUUUUGUGCAUUGACGUCAAUCGUAUACAAGGCACCAAACAGGGAUUUUUCUUGAUGUUCCUAAACUGGAGACGAAUGUGGACAGGUAGCCGGCACAGCUGCUACCGUUUCCCCUACCACUCUGACUGCGACAGCUGCAGAUUUAUCUCCUUCCAUCAUUGCGGGAACGACACCAAUUGCAAAUAUAACCGCAACAAAGCUACCGUUGCCCAGAGUGCGGCACAGGCACGAGCCGGCGCCCGUCACAUCCGGCACCAUGAUGGAAGGAGGCAUGCAGCUGCUGAACCGCGACGGCCACAGCAUUUCGCACAACUCCAAGCGCCACUACCACGACUCCUUUGUAUCCAUGAACAGGAUGCGGCAGCGCGGGUUGCUGUGUGACAUCGUGCUGCAUGUCUCCAACAAGGAGAUUAAGGCGCAUAAAGUGGUGCUCGCUUCGUGCAGCCCUUACUUCCAAGCCAUGUUUACUAAUGAGAUGUCAGAGAGUCGUCAGACCCACGUGACGCUACACGAUAUCGACCCCCAGGCGUUGGAGCAGCUGGUCCAGUACGCCUACACGGCAGAGAUAGUUGUCGGGGAGGGUAACGUUCAGACAUUGCUUCCGGCGGCGAGCUUGCUGCAGCUCAACGGGGUGCGGGACGCAUGCUGCAAGUUCCUCCUCAGCCAGCUGGACCCCUCCAACUGCCUGGGCAUCCGAGGCUUUGCCGACACGCACUCUUGCAGCGAUCUUCUCAAAUCGGCGCACAAGUACGUCCUGCAGCACUUUGUGGAGGUCUGUAAGACGGAGGAGUUCAUGCUAUUGCCGCUGAAGCAGGGUAGCUGUGGGUGCUGGAGCCUAUCUCAGCUGCUCAUGGUCCUGGAUCUUAUUUCUAGUGACAACCUGAACGUUCCAUCCGAAGAGGAAGUGUACCGGGCUGUGCUAAGCUGGGUUAAACAUGACGUAGAGGGGCGCCGGCCGCAUGUUCCUUGGUUGAUGAAAUGCGUGCGGCUGCCACUGCUGAGGCGAGACUUCCUUAUGAGCAACGUGGAUACGGAGUUGCUGGUGCGUCAUCACUCCGAGUGCAAGGACCUGCUGAUCGAGGCGCUGAAGUAUCACCUGAUGCCUGAGCAGAGAGGCGUGCUCAGUAACAGCCGGACGCGGCCACGGCGCUGCGAGGGUGCCAGCCCUGUGCUCUUCGCUGUCGGUGGCGGUAGUCUGUUUGCCAUUCAUGGAGACUGUGAGGCAUACGAUACCAGGACGGACCGCUGGCACAUGGUGGCGUCCAUGUCCACUCGGCGGGCCCGGGUGGGCGUGGCAGCCAUCGGGAACAGACUCUAUGCUGUUGGAGGGUAUGACGGUACCUCAGACCUGGCAACUGUUGAGUCCUAUGACCCCAUCACUAACUCCUGGCAACCGGAGGUUUCCAUGGGAACGAGGCGGAGCUGUUUAGGCGUGGCGGUCUUGCAUGGGCUGCUGUAUGCUGCGGGGGGUUAUGAUGGAGCUUCCUGUCUUAAUAGUGCUGAGCGUUUUGACCCUCUGACAAGCACGUGGACAUCCAUUGCGGCCAUGAGUACCCGCAGGAGAUAUGUUCGUGUUGCAACUCUCGAUGGCAACCUGUACGCAGUGGGUGGUUACGACAGCUCCUCACAUCUUGCAACGGUGGAGAAGUACGAUCCUCAGAGCAACGCGUGGACUCCUAUCGCCAACAUGCUGAGUCGCCGCAGCAGCGCUGGGGUAGCCGUGCUAGACGGUAUGCUGUAUGUGGCAGGAGGGAACGACGGGACCAGCUGCCUCAACUCCGUGGAAAGGUUCAACCCCAAGACCAACUCCUGGGAGGGCGUGGCUGCCAUGAACAUUCGCAGGAGUACUCACGACUUGGUAGCUAUGGACGGCUGGUUGUAUGCCGUAGGAGGAAACGACGGCAGCUCAAGCCUCAACUCCAUCGAGAAGUACAACCCUCGCAGCAACAAGUGGGUAGCGGCCUCCUGCAUGUUCACUCGCCGCAGCAGCGUGGGUGUGGCCGUGCUGGAGCUCCUCAACUUCCCGCCGCCGUCCUCGCCCACCCUUUCGGUGUCGUCCACAAGCCUUUGACACGGGGUCAUGGCUUGGCUGACCUCGGCCUCCAUCGCUACUGCUCAGACCAGCUCUGGGAAGAGACGUAACUGCUCGGUUUGAGGAGAGGGAGGAGAAUGAGCAGAAGUGUGAAUGAGGCUACUGGCUUGGCUGAGCAGACAUGACCCAACAUCACAAUUGCACUUUAAACAACCAUUGGGAAACAAUAAUUCUACAAGCUUUUCCUGUUCAGGGUCAAGGAUGGGCUAGAGCUCAUCCCAGCUAAAUUUGGGUGAGUGGUUGGGUACACCCAAGACCGGACACAUACAAACAACACUUACAUUCAAGCUGAUGAAGAAUUUAGGCUACAACUAAUACUUGAUGCUCCUAAAAAAUUAAGUCUUACAUAGCAAUUCCUUUCAUAAAAGUGUAAUAAAAAUAAUAAUCGCUUCACAUUUUUAGACCUAACUAAAGAUAUACAGUUAUUAUUUCAUAAAAAACAAUUUCAAGUACCCCUACAUUUUUAGUAGUAGAUAACAAAAUGUGCAAUAUUUUCCAAUAGCAACCCUUAAUAAUAAUACUAGUUUCAAAUAAUAUAUUAUUAAUUGAUGACAACACGGAUUUUCAUCUAUUAUUUCUUUGUAGCAAUGAUUGUUUAUAUUAGGGGUGUCAAAUCUAUUAUGGAAUUAAUCUCAAUUCAUAAUUUAAAAAAAAAGCAAACAUCUACUAAAAUAGUGUGUGUGUGUGUAUAUAUA